UUUACAAAGUUUGACACCAAGGUUUAGGGCUAGAGAAUGGGCGCUGUGACCACGGCCGUGAUCGCGAUCGCGGGGAUUCUACUCGGAUGGGCAGCGAUCGAAAUGGCUUGCAAGCCGUGCUUGGAGAGAGGAAGAUCUUCGCUGGCGAAAUCGCUCAAUCCGGACUACGAUCCAGACGACGAACUGGAUGCCCAGCGCCCGGCGGUGACAAAGAAAGACGAAGAGGAGGAGGAGGGCGAUGGCGAUCGUGGCAUUGAGGAGCUCGAGGCCGGGGGUAGCGCCAGCAUUGACGACGAGAAGAAGCCACUCACAAAGAAAUAAAAGCUCUCGAUGCUCGCCCUCUUUGUAAGUAAACGAAGUUCUCCUGCGAAGAACACAUCCAAUCUAUUGUAUUGUCUCUA